AUGGAUGACUUUCUCUUUUGUCAAAGGAGAUGGAAUUAUUACAAAGGAACAAAACAACCCCGUAUAAAUGAAAAAAAAUAUAUUUCUCAUUAUUAUCAAAAUUUGUAUAUACAUCAUUUUCAUUAUAACACGCUGUGUAAUCAUGAGAAUCCCCGGGGGAUGCAGUGCACAUUGGUCCAUGCUGCGAACUCAAUAAAUAAACGUCUACUAACAAAUGACCCAGAAGAAACACCCAAAACUGUAAAAUAUGAAGAAGUGUCGCCUGGUUCAGAUUCAAGUAUUGAAGAAAAAUGUAAUAAUAAUGGAACGAAGUUAGCAAGUAAAACCUUGAAAGAACAUUCUGCUUCAAGUAGCAAUAUACAAGCCACAAAAAAAAAAAAAAUUAAAACUCGUAUUUGGGAAUUUUUGAAAAAAAUAGACAAAUAUGGUGAGAAGAAAACAUUCAAGUAUUUAUCAUAUUUAUAUAACCUUAAAAAGGAUCCGAAUAUGACUAAAAAGCUGUUUAUAAAAAAAGUGCUCAGAAGAUAUGGGCUUUUUAUAUUCUCGCCCAUUUUAAUUAAAUUGAUAGUAACAAUACUGCCAGCACUAGCACAUGCAACAAAUAUUUUCACAACAUAUCCUUCCUUAAUAGUUGUAUAUAGUAUAUUCCAUGUAUUAGUAGCCCAAAUCUUAGGUGCAACUUCCAUUUUAUGCCUCAUUUAUUUCUUAAUAAAGAAAAUAAAAUUUGACAUGAUAGCAGAUAAAAACCCUAAACUAUGUUAUACUGAAUACAGUUCUUUUGUGAAACAUAUCUUUAUAUAA